AUGCUGAAAAAGCAAUAUCGAAAAGUGUAUGACAUGUUGAACAGAAGUGGAUUCGGAUGGAAUGACAUAAAAAAGUGUGUGGAAGUUGAUAGUGAUGAGGCAUGGUUGAGUUAUGUUCAGGUUAAUAAGGAUGCUGAAGGUUGGAGGAACAAGAGUAUUCCAAUUUAUGAUAGGCUUGCUAAUAUCUUCGGUAAAGAUAGAGCAAUUGAUGAUGAAACAGAAGAAGAUGAUACUACUAGGUCAGUGAAUCAGACUUCAUCUAGACCAUCUAAUCGACGGAAAAGAUCUUGCUUAGAAAAUAUGCAAGAUGGAAUGUUGGAAGUUGCAUCUUCAUUCAAGAAAAUAUUUGAGCAAAUGAGGCUAAUUCGUGAGCAGCUUAUUCCGGGCAAUGGAGACGGAAAAGAUAUUGCUCUUAGAGUUAAAGAACGUGGGCUUUUCUGA